AUGUACAAAUUAUAUCAGGAGUUUUGUAUUGACAAACAAGAAUUACCCGUAAAAGAGUCCUAUUACAGGCAUAUUUGCAAUACGGAAUUCGCCUGCGGUCGUUGUGACAAUUUGCAAAAUAUAAUAAGAUAUUCUACAAAUGAAAACGUGAUUAAAAAUGCCAAGCAGACCUCGAGCUGCACCAAAGAAAGGCCCAGAAAGAAACAGAUGCCAAAAAAGCUGAUAUUGCUGAAAAUAAAAAUGAUUCUAAAAUUAUGGCUGUAA